AUGAUGGAUGUAGGGAAGAUGUUCCGAGAAAUGAUAAUAAAACAUGGAAACGUGAUAAACGCGGUAGGGAUAAACACGGUAAGGAUAAACACGGUAAGGAUAAACACGGUAAGGAUGAACGCGGUAAGGGUUCCUAGGCGAUUUAUAAAGAUGACCCCUACGCGGAAUGAAGGAAAGGUAACACAAAAAAGGAACAAACAGGAUUACAUAUUAUCGCUGGACGAAGCAUUAUAUUUGUCUAAAGAAAUGGGGAUCAAGACAACCACGGAGAUCCAGAAAAUUGUGAUGAGGUCCCCCCCUUUUUCUCCUGACAUGAGUCCAUUCCUAAUUGACAAUUUUUUGUGUAGUGCGAAUAAGGACAGCCAUUCGGAUGAAAUAGCUCAAAUUGAUCAAAAGUUGAAAACGUUAGAGGAAAGGGAAAACAACAAAGAGGUGAGUGAACAAGGAGAAGUCGAAGACCCUCUGCAGAACAAUGAUAUGAUGAUUGAUGUUGUUCAAAAUCGUGAGGAGGAUAUUAUUAAUAAAAUUCUUAUUGACAAGUUUAAUAAAAAAAGGGGGAAGACCUUUAUCCAUAAUGAUAUGGAAUGGCUGGAAGAGUCAGAAGGGAUUGGGACAAACAAAAGAUCGUGUGCAUAUGUUUAUAUAAAAAGGGGCAGUGGUAUUGUUAAGGUAAAUGCUGAAGAAGAUCUGUACAUUAGGUGGCCUUAUUUUUAUAAUCGAAUGGAUGUUUUGGAACCCUUUUAUGUGACUAAUACUUCUUGCGUUUUUGAUGUGUUUAUAAAAUUGAAAGGCGGUGGAAUCAGUGGGCAGUCCAAAGCAGCUAGGUUGGCCAUAGGACGGGCUCUACUCAACGCUUGUCCACUCAUUUAUGAAGACCUUAAACAGCACCAUAUUCUGUACGAAGAUAUGAGGCAGAAAUUUCCGAAAAUGCCAGGACGGAAAAAAUCAAGGGCUAUGAAGCAGUGGUCCAAGAGGUGA